GUCUGAAGCCGCCAUUAUGGCUCCACAUUUACACGACUUGCCUUUGCCGUAGCAACCUUCAGAGCCGCAAUGUUGGACAUGGAAUAAACCAUUUUAUAAAAGGCGGACAACAGUUAUUUAAAUUGUGCCUAAACUACCAUGUUUCUGUUACAAAUAGAUAUUUGCAUUAUAUCGUUUAAUUACACCUUAUGAUUUGUUGGAAUAAAUAAUAUUUGUUCACGGUUAACUUGAUUUUUUAGUGAGGUUAGUGAAAUCUUCAAGCUUUGUCUCCCCUCCUUGACUGUGCAAGUCGUCAUGCACUCAGCGGUAGUGACAACGUCAAGCGUUGAUCCAGCGUUUUAAGGUCUUUGUCAAGAUGCAUGUACUGCUUCUUAAAGAGCCAAGAGAUGGAGAGUCUGGACCUGAUCCUUACAUUCAGGAGCUGGCAUCACAUGGACAUAAAGCAACCCUGAUUCCUGUGCUGUCUUUUAAGUUUAUCUCAUUAAACACGUUGUCUGAUAGGCUUUUCCAACCAGAAAAACACGGAGGUCUUAUAUUUACCAGUCCAAGAGCAGUGGAGGCUGUGAAGAUGUGUUUAGAAGCAGAAGAACGAAGGGAAGAAUGGAACCGCUCUGUAAAAGACACUUGGAACACCAAGUCCAUAUAUGUAGUUGGGAAGGCAACUGCUGCAUUAGUACAGAAUCUAGGUCUGAACCCUUUGGGCGAGGACACAGGGACAGCAGAUGUCCUCUCACGUCUUAUCAUUGAACGAGAGGACACAAAUAUUCCACCACUUUUUUUCCCCUGUGGCUCAAUCAAAAGAGAAGUCUUGCCCACGGCUUUAAGGGAACAUGGCGUGCCCCUGGAGACGCUGACUGUCUAUCAAACUGCUGAACAUCCAGAUCUGGAGAAAAAUCUAAAGAACUUUUUCACAGAGCAGGGUGCUCCAGACAGCAUAGCUUUCUUCAGUCCGUCGGGGGUGAAGUUUUGCCUAGAAGUGGUACGGAGGCUAUCAGGAGAACAGUUGCCUCAAAUAAAGUUUGCAGCCAUAGGGCCUACGACACAAGACGCUAUGACAGCAGAAGGCCUGUGUGUCAGCUGUACUGCAGAGAAGCCAACAGCUGAACACCUGGCAGCAGCGAUAGCCAAAGCUCUACAGUAACCACCCACGGGCCGGCCGCAGCUCUUAAAUCCAUCCACUUUAUCUUCUCUCUUUGUAUAUUCUGCAAUAUUUAUAUGGAUUGUCAUUUGUCUGCUUUACUUUUACCAGUUUUGAAUGUACAUCAGGUAAUUUGCACUGAGCUUGUUGUGCUAUGAAAGCUUAAAGCGUGUAAGUGAAUGUAAUUAUAAUAUUUAUGUUAAGCCUGUUAAAGAAAGACAAUCUAGCGUUUGUUUUUGUAAAUAAACUUGUGUCAGUGUGAUGAUA